AGCCGACCUUGUGUUUGUUUGAACAUUUUUCGCAUCAGCACGAAUUGUUUGAGCCAAUGGAGAGACAAGUGCGGCCGAUUUUCCCAAACGUGCAGUCGUAAAAACCACAUCUCUUUCAAAACGCAACUUUUUUGAGUUUUUCCCAACACUAUGUACACCAAAGUGUGGUUGUGUGUGAUUUUCGUGGGUUGGGCGCACGGUUUACCAACCGUUUACAAAUACAACCAAAACAAAAUCUUGGAACCAGAUCUGGUGCCGGUGUCCUCGACGGUGAUUCCCCUGCCCAUUUAUCGAGUCAGUUCCGGGUUACAAGUGGCGCCAAAUUUGAAAGAUGACAAAGUUAAAAAACCGGAAGGUCCUAUUACGCUCUUGACAAUUCACAGUAAAAAGAAAGUCGCCGAACAGCCCAAAGCAAAACCAUCAGACGUAUCGUCAGUGAAACAAGUUAGCAAAACAGAUUUUAAUAAUUAAAUCUAAAAUUGUAGUACCUUUCAGUCCCAAAAUCAAAAAAAUUAUUCACUAAACCGACUACCAUAAUAAUUUGACAAAUGAUUUUUUGUUCUUUUGAUUUUGUGACAGCACACAAGUUACCUUUUAGUAGUUUAGAUAACAUACGUAUUUUUUAUUUUUGUAAAUACUUACCAACAAUAAAGUUAAUAUUUUUUUAAAUGUA